AUGGUCCUCGAUUGGUGCGCUGCGAACGGGGUGACCCACGUGAAUGUGUACGGAGACUCAUUGCUGGUCGUGAGCCAAGUGAAUGGUCGCUGGAAGCUCAUCGAGGAGUCGCGUGUAGAGUACAGCGACUUCGACGACCGCUUCGAGCACGGGAUGGCUCUGACUACCAAGGAGGUGGAGACGCUCACGAGCGCGUGGUGCGUGCUGAUACAGCGCUGUCAAGAAGUCGUCAAGACGGUGGAUCGGCGUUUGGACGGGGUGGAAGAGGCCGUGGUGGCCAUCUUAGAUCCGCUUCCGGCCGACGAUCUCCUCACCACGGCGCUCGUGCCGGACGCCCAGGAAUUCGAGCCCGAGCUGAAGGACUUGUUGAGCGUGCAGUCUUCGAACGUGUUGCUGAGACACAGGAUCGAAUCCUGCAACGACGGGCUUAUACGGCGCUUGUCGAGACUCCAGGCCUGCGCCGGACUGGGAUCGAAGCAUCUAUCGCGAUUCUGUCCGUGGUCUCACCGCUCGACGUACGAAGGAGCCGUCUUGGACGUCACGGACCUCAUGCUUCGAUUGUCGGCGUCGUACGGUCUCCAGCUGAGGCUGAACGGGCGGCUGCGAGAGGCGCUCUGCUCUCUCAGCGAGAACAUCGGUGGCGUGCUGACCGCCCUGGAGUUGGCGGCCUUCGAGAAGGGCGACGUCGCCUCCGUACUGAAGAGACGGCACGCCAUAGUCUGCAUCUUGGACUGCAGGGCCUACAUCGCUCAGGUGUUGGACGUCUUGGCAGAGUCCUUCAACAAGCUCAUCUCCCCCGUCUGA